UGCUACUGCUAGCAAGUUGAUUGCCAUUCUCUGGCACAACUACACCGGCACGAUCCGCCGUGCUCGACGAUCCAAAGCUCCCACGAUCCGCCGUGCUCGAAGGUCCAGUAGUUGUGCUCCUCUCUCUCUACGUGUACGUGAGUCGUCGCCAUCAUGAACUGGAAGAGGAAGAGCUCCGGCGGCUGCCGCCAAGAGAUGCGCGAGCGGCUAAUCCCGGCGAGCGGCGAUGGGAAGGGUGCGUCGUCGUCGUCGUCGGGCGUGCCGCGAGGGUGCGUGGCGGUGCUGGUCGGCGGGGGCGACGAGCCGGAGCGGGUGGUGGUGGACGUGCGGGCGCUGGGGCAGCCGUGCGUGCGGGCGCUGCUGGAGAUGGCCGAGCGGGAGUUCGGGUACGACCAGAAGGGCGUGCUGCGCAUCCCCUGCGCCGCCGAGGAGUUCCGCCGCGCCGUCGCCGCCGACAGCACCGCGCACGGAGGCCACCGGUGCAGACGAUAGAGAUGAUGCGGCGCUGCCACGCGCGUUCGCGCCUGGUGAGUCGUGUACAUGUGUACAAGAGCCUCGUGUCGUGUGUGUAGUGAUCAACACUCCCUUGCAUAGAGACAUAGGGUAGAUAGAGCAGGAUAUAUACAAGCGUGCGUGCUUCUAAUUUUAGGUGAUGAGUUUGCAAGUGUUCAAAUUGUGGAUAAUUUACACCUUGCCAAUCAAAAGUUGAUUGAUC